GUCGUAUCUCUUCGAACACGUGGGAGAGGAAUCGUGGUCCUUUUUUUUUUGCGGGCUUGUUGUAAUCACUUCGAAAAUGGCGAAGUCUGACACUUCCAAGAAGGUAAGAAAAGUAUCUUUUCUCUUCUUUCCACAUUUUCGGGGUUCAUCUGGUGUAUAAACGUGGUUUAGAGAGGCAAUCUGUAAUGUUAAAUCGAAAUCAAAGUAAACUACAAGUCAACCAACAUGAAAGUAAGUUUCUCAAAUCUUCCAUGGGCUGUUUAAAAGCGCAUGGAGCUAUUUAAAAAAUGUGGUAUUUCCAUUGAGGUUAAGUUAUGAAGUGAGCAAAAGGAAAUCAAGGGCUUAGCGUCGCUGCAAAAAAUUGUUUCCCGGCAGCUGAGCACGUGUUUAAAUUGCGCAACACAAACGUCGUCAAACUUCUUUUUAACUCUUUAAAAUUUUGGCUUUUAUCUCUGGGAGGAAGAGUGUUGAUCAUUUUUAAGCGACGGAAUGUCGAGGUUGAAUUUUGAGCGGAACGACAAGGCUCAAAACCUUUUUGGUCACAUACUUUCAGCCGUUUAAACUUCAAGGAUCAGUGUUCAUCUAAUCAGUUGGCGAUUAUUCCGGCGAGGGGAAAAACAAGAGUAACUUUCUUUUCAUUGCGUAGUCUCUCUGUUCAACUUCUGUUUACCAUCCAAAGCAUGUUUACUCUCAAGCAUAGAAAACUGAUCCUCGGUGCACGUGUAAAUUCGUCUUCAAAGGAUUACAGAGAGACAGAAAAAGAGUUUGCAAUUGGAACUCGUAUUUCAUUAACAACCAGAAGUUGAAAGUGGUAGUUAAACCUCUGAAGAAGCGCUGCAAGAUUCGAAUGAUUUGGUGGCAGCUAGAGAAAACAUUUUGGCAACUAAAUUUACGACACAAGCCACCCAGGUAGUGACGUGUGUUCGGUGGUCAUGUAGGUAUGAAGUCAGAGAUAACAUUUACCGUGGUCACAAGAGUUUUAAGCCUUGUCAUAUCAUACGAAUCUCCAAAAACCAAUGCCAGCCAUUCUGCUUUUUCCAAAGACAAUUGCUGUGGUUAGCAGUUUUUUCUGUCAUGCACAAUUGCACUAAGUGUCUUUUUCCUUCUUUUAAUGACCAACAUUUGUUUCAAGCAAUCACUUGAUGAUUUUUGGUCACCACAUGGCAAUUUUCAAGUAAAAUAAACUUGGUAGCCCUGCUAAAGUUAAUUUUAAAAAGCUGAGGGUUGAAGGGAAGGUCCCUGAUCACAACAAAAUGCUGUCUACAUUUAGUUGUCAGAACAACUCUUCUCUUUGUUAAAAGGCCAAUGCUUGAAACACAUGCUUUUCAAAAUUAAUUUCAGAGAGUUAUAUAAAACUGGUAAUGUCCAGUUGUAGUUUAUCAUAGUGUUUCAGGAAUCUAAAACACAAUACAAAGGUUUAUUUUAAAAAAUGAUAACUUUGGUUACUGAUAACUGACCAUGGGAAUGAGUGGAACCCUUAUGAGUAGCACAUACUUGGGAUAUAUGGCCAUGUACAGGAGUUUGUUGUUGUGGCAUAAUACAUAAGGUGAACAAUCAUGAAUGUGAAAUUUAAAAAAAGCAGCCAAUAUGAUAGCACACAAAAAUUGAUAUUUUUAUUCAGGAAAAGGCAGUAGAUGUAUCUAAAAAGCUUGACAAAGAGAAAAAGUCCAAGGUUAAGGAACAGAAACCUCAUGCAAUUAAUGGAACAAAGAAAGUCAAGGCUAAAAUCCAGAAAAAGGCAGGUAAAGGAAAACCAGAGAAGCCUCCUCCAGUUCAGCCCCCUUCAGACUCAGAUGUAAGUGUAGAAAUACAGGUUCCCUUUGUUUGUUUUGUUUUGUCUUUUUGUAGUAUGGUAUGUCAUGAUAAGUAGGAAACAUUGGAAGAUGAGAUAAUGGAACCAUCAAAUGAAUUGAAGUAUCACUAUAGAUACACUAAGAUUUGUUAAUUACUUGAUGCGUUUUAUAUUUGAAGAUGUUGGAAAUAAAAUCAUAGGUGAACUUGGAAUAUUGACUGACCACCUAGCUGGCCUCUCAGGCUUAACAUUGUCUGAAUUAGGGCCAUGUGGUCAGUGAAUAGUCAAUCAGAUGUCUGGUGGUCAGUUUAAAGAAGUGUUGAUCAUUCAGAAAUCACUGUCUUCACAACAGCGAAGUGACCUACAUAGUUAUCUGGAGUGACCUGGAAUGUCAUUCAAUCCUUAAGAUACCUUAGUGUUCACCCUAUUUUGAUCAUACAGAAGAUACCUUUCAGGAAUUUACCUUUUUCACCUAAAUACCCUUUAUUAUUGGAUAAUUUACUUCUUUGAGAGAACAAGGUCUUGUGUCUUUUUAGCAUUGCUAUACAGUACAAGAUUUUACCUCUACACAUAUUUGAUUUUACCUCUACACAUAUUUGUAGAAAUUUUUUCAUGGGUCGCUUUCUGCUUUCUUCAUAUUUUUACCUUUUAAUGAAUAUCUUUUAUCCUCAACAGGACUCAAGUUCAGAUGAGGAUGAAGCUGGGUCAAGGUACUCAUCUAUGGAGUAUGAUUGGUUGGCAGUUCAAACCUUGAAAUUCAUUACAUGUGAAAGCUUUUUUGACCCUUCUAAUAGUAACUCAUCGUAAAAAUAUUUAAAAGUUCCUCUUUGUAAACAGCUACCUUCUAAAAUUGAGAAACAUUCAAAUUAAGUUGGUUUUUUGCAUCCUUACUUCAAUGUUUUGAAAUAUUUAACCUGCAUGAUGCUGAUUCAUUUAGAUAACAAAAGUAGCAGGGAAGAACUGAAACAAUUACACAGCUAAUAAAACAAUUACUGGUAUGACAAUUCACUCGUGGGUAUUUUCUGUCCAAAUCUAUUUGAACACCUUCUUGCUGGGCACAAAAAAGCCAGUUUACUUUGACUCAAAAUUGAAGUUCCAAGGUUGUUUCUUCCACUGGUGCACUCAAAUUUAAAAUGGCUAGGAUCCUGAUAACCUAAUCUUCCUCCUUAUCUUUCUGAAAUAAAAUACCUUAAGCAGUUUUUACUAAUAAUUACAUUAUCAUCUAUUAAUAGUAGAUUUUUUUUCAUUCUAUUUCCAGAAAACAAGCUAUCAUUAAAGAUCAAAAGAAGGAAAAACUCAGUGCACCACAAGUGCGGGGAAUUGAAAACACACAAGGUGACACAUCAAGUGAUGAGUCCUCCUCAAGUGAUAGUGAAACAGCCAUGAAGGUAACACCACAGCAGACAAACGCACAGUCUUCAGACUCUUCUGAUUCUUCAGAUGACAACAAGAAAACAAAAAUUACUACAAAGAAGAAGCUUAAAAAGAAAACUGAGCAAAAGAAGUCAAAUGGGAAACCAGCUGGAGGAGUGGCUGUUGAACCAUCUGCUGAUUCAAGCUCUGAUUCAUCAGAUGAAGAAGAAAAGAAACCUCUCAAAUCACAACAAGUAGUGAAGAAACCUCCUCCUAAGAGGGCAUCAUCAGAAUCCAGCUCAGAUUCCUCUGAUGAAAAGGAAGGAAAACAAAAAGCAGGGACAGAGAAUGGAAUUAAAAAAAUAAUGACGCAGCCUAAAGCAGCCUCUUCUGAAUCCAGUUCUGACUCUUCUGAUGAAGAAGAGGAAAAAACAAAAGCAGGCCCAGAGAUAAAGAAUAAAAAGAAUGCAGUCAAAGCUAAAGCAGCUUGCUCUAAAUCCAGCUCAGAUUCUUCCGAUGAAGAAGAGGAAAAAACAAAAGCAGCCCCAGAGGUUAAGAACAAAAAGAAUGAAGUCAAACCUACAGCAGCAUCCUCUGAAUCCAGCUCUGAUUCUUCUGAUGGAGAAGAGGAAAAAUCAAAAGCAGCUAUAGAUACUAAGAAUAAAAAGAAAGAAGUGAUUUCUAAGGCAGUUUCCUCAGAGUCCAGCUCUGAUUCUUCUGAUGAUGAAGAGGAAAAAUCAAAAGUAGUUGCACAGAUGAACAAUAAAAAGAAAGAAGUGAAAACCAAGAAAGCUUCUUCUGACUCCAGCUCAGAUUCAUCAGUUGAAGAAGAAGAAAAAUCAAAGGGAGUCACAGAGAUAAAAAAGAAAAAGAAAGAGGUGAUAACCAAGAAAGCUUCCUCUGACUCCAGCUCAGAUUCUUCAGAUGAUGAAGAGGAAGGACCUAAAGUAACAAAAACUCAGAAAGGAAAUAGUAGUAAUGAAGUGAAAUCUCAAGAAACAUCUUCUGAUUCUAGCUCUGAUUCUUCUGACGAAGAAGGUAGACAGAAAAGAAAUAAAAAUGGAAUUAAAAGCCCCAGUAAUAGGGCCUCAAAGGAAACCAAUGAGAAUUUGAAGUCUGAAUCAGAUUCAAGGAGUGAGAAUGAAGAUGAACCAGCUGCUGAGGAUACAACCCAGGCCAAGAAACGGAAGAACAAUUUUCAUGAGGAACCAGUCAAGGCCAAGAAAUCCAAGAAGCUGAAGGUAUAAAGUAGAAACAUUUGUCUUAAGGUUAAAACCCAGGGGUUUUAGACUUUGCUGGUUUUUAAAUGACCUUCCUUUGUGACUUUUUGUUGGACAUUUAUUGUCAGUUGACCAACUACUGUUGCUAUUUACAUACCCUAUUAUAGGAAAUUAACUAUUUACUUUAUUGAUUCAAUUUUGAAUCAACCUCUUUCAUCUGUAUUAUUGUUGCAACAACAUUCACUUCUAUAUGAAGGUUCAUAUUUUUAAUUGAUCCUUCAGCCAGUCAAUAGUAACUCUCUUGGUACAUCACAGUAGAUCAAUGCUUCUUUAAGUCAGUUGAGUCAUUAACCUGGAAAACUAAGAGCAUUGUUUCACAAGAUGACAAAACAGAGGGACCACAUCAGUGUUUUAUCUUCUCCAGGAGCCUUUGAUAGAAAAUGAGGGAGGAUAUAAACAAAAAAGAAAGGCAGACAGUUAUGGCGAAGAUUCUGGAGGCAAGAAAUUUAAACAAGAUGAUGAUGUUACUGAGAAAAGUAAGUUAAGUUUGUGUAAUGAAGUACCAUAAACGUCCAUGUAUAAGCCGCAUCCAUAGAUAAGCCACACCCCCAAUUUGGAAGCGCAGAAUUUGGAAAAAGAUAAAAACAAUACAGUUUGAAGUUUCAGUAGAGUUGUAUUGCUACAAACAAUCAAGGUUUCGAAACACCGACAUAGAAGUUGUGGCUACCUUUCACAUUAAUCAAGUCUAAAGAAAGCGAAACAGAAAAGAAAACCAACAAGUGCUUAGUGGCCAAGCUUUAAAUGUUGGGAGGAGUCUGGGCCAGGGCCUGGCCAUCGUCGACUCUACUGUUCAGGGAUACCAUGUGAAAAAGAUGUUUGGAAACCUGCAUUAGGCGAAAAACUUCAUGGUGAACAGGAGUCUGAUAAUGCAAUCGACAAAUUUGCCAUGAAGCUAGUAAAAAACAACGAGAGAUUCCUUGUAUGUUGGUGUUUAGUUGUUUGAGUAAAGCAAAAUUAAUCACUUUAAAGAACCCUUGGAGGGCAAGAUUCGCCGAUAAACACUUGAAGACACAAACAGCUCCUUUAGGGGCAACCACUCGAUGAAAAAGUCAAUGAACUACAGCAACACGCUCUCAGUUUCUUUUAUUUUUAUUUCUUAGCAUCUUAAGAAGUUUUAUGAAUAUUAAUUAGGUUUUUGAGAACUCCAAACACAGAUGUAUCCAUGGAUAAGCCACACCCUUGAUUUUUGGCUUCAAUUUUGUGAAAAAAAAGUGCAGCUUAUGCACAGACAUAUAUGGUAAAUGAUUGUUCUAUGAUACUGAAUUUUUUUUUAAACAGUUCAGUUCUGAUGAUCAGUUGUCUCAAAUAUUUAUGCUUUGACAGAAUUACUGAGCAUCUGGCCAAGACCAAAGUGUCCAUCUAUUUUUUAAGGUGUUUUGUUAACCAAACCUCUUCAUUUCUCAAGUAUACUCCGGAUACCUUAACUUUGAAGUGGUAACAUGAUUUUGCUCUCUAACAUCACAGCCAAGAUAUUAUCAUUAUUAUUAUUAUUAUUAUUAUUAUUAUUAUUAUUAUUAUUACAAUUAUUAUUUAACAAUUUAGGCAAGCUAUUUAAUUAUUGUUGUUGCUGCAUUUUGAUGCCAAAGAGAAUAUAUAAAAUGUUUCAGUUUCACUGUAUGUGGGAAAUUUGUCUUUUGACACCACUGAGGAAAGCCUGCGGGCUCUGUUUGAGGACAAUGGUGCAACCAUAGAAGAAGUGAGAAUCAUAACAAGAGAUGGAUUGUCCAGAGGGUAUAGUGAUGUUCCAUUUUCAUACAUUUUUGUUUAUGUACAAUAUACAAUUUACGCCUAUACAUGUAGAGGACCAAGAAAAGCUGGAAUUGUAUUUGUGCUCCAUGUUAUUAUAGUGUAACUUUGUAUAUUAAUUCAUGUAUCGUGUUGAUUGUACAGCAAUGUCUUGCCACAAAAAAAAAAAAACUUACAAUGUAAAGAAAUUUAGUGAGCACCUUUGUACAUGCACUCCCAACUUGACCUGAAUGUGAAAUUAACAUCCUGUUUACCAAUAAGAGGAAUUACAAUAUUUUAAAAUAUUUUUCUUUUGCAAGAGCUUUCUACUACUCACAUUCAAGUUUGCUAUGUUUGAAUUUUAGAUUUGGCUAUGUCGAUUUUUCAAGUCAUGAAGAAAGUCAAAAGGGAUUGGAACUUGAUGGUUCAGAACUUGAUGGCAGAGCAUUAAGAGUCAAUUUAGCAGAGCAAAGACGCAACCAAAAUGACAGAGGACACGGAAACUCGAGAGGCAGAGGUAGUUCUAACAGAGGCCGUGGUAAAAGUACUCCAUCAACCACCUUGAUAUGCCUUGGUCUAUCGUACAACACAGAUAAUGACUCAUUAAGGGGAGCUUUCCCAGAUAGUGUCAGCGCACGAGUCAUCACUGAUAGGGACACAGGCAAUCCAAGGGGGUAAGAAUCUCUACCUGCCUUUAGUGUUUGUUUUAUCCUUCAGUAUCUUGGCUUUGUUUACUGGGUGAUGUAGUGAAGGGAAGCUGUCAAACCGAGACCAUGCUUUACUGAUUGAGUGUUAGUGAAGUCAAUGCUGCAAAAUAAGGAAUGAAAUACACUUGUACAUACAAGUAGCCAAGCACAGGAAACUGAUUACUCAACAGAUGGCAAUUCUGUCUUAUUUUUGUAUAAGCAUCUAGAAAAUACUUUGCACAGUCCUCUAUUUUAGUUGUUUAGAAUCAUAGUGUUGGCUUUUUGUUUAUUACUUACGAUUGCAAAUGUGCCUUUUUGUGAGAUGUUUCAAUUAAUAUUUUCUUGGUUAUUGAAUAUUUAAAACUUGUUUGGGUCAUCAAUCCAAGUGGAAAAACCUUGCUCCGUUACUCACAGUACUAACAACUGGGUUAGUGAGGUAUGAAAUCCCCAGAAUAUGUUGUUUUGAUAAAUACAUGCAAAUGUCUCCUACACUUAAAAUUUUAUUGUGUAGAAUUACUUCUCUUGUUCUGAACCUCAUAAAAACCUUUAAACAAGGCAUUACUGAGUACUGGAAAGUAACUUAGCACUUAUUAUAUCCUUUCCAUUAAAUGUCUUAGUUGUAACUGGCGAUUAAACACUCUUCAUGUGACUUGUGCUAAUCCCUUUGUCCCAUGGCCUCUUUUCAGUUUUGGUUAUGUGGAGUUUAACAGUAUUGAGGAUGCACAGUCUGCAAUAUCCACAAUGGAAGGACAAGAAUUGGAUGGGCGUUUCCUUCGACUUGAUUUUGCAGAACCAAGAGGCUCCACACCUGGGAGUGGAGGUGGUAGAGGUGGCGGUAGAGGUGGUAGAGGAGGAGGAAGAGGUGGCUUUGGAGGCAGAGGAGGGGGAAGAGGUGAGUUUAUUUGUAAUUUUCGUGUCUUUUAUUGUACUUUAAGGUAGCUAAAAAGUUGAUUAAGUUUUUUUUUUUCAUUUUGGCACCUGUUAGGUAAGGUACUUUAUGUGGUCACCAAAGAGUGACUUUGUAAGUAGAGAGCCAGUUUGGUUAUGUAGCACACCUGUGGUGAUCACUGACCAUGUAAUACAACAUAUGAGUACACAGAGAAGUUUAAAUUUGUCACAAAGUUGCUAUUUUCUGCCGUCAAUACUCCAAGGAUCACUUUCUCUGAAAAUUGGUUAUAUCCAUGCUUAUAUGACUCAUGUGCCAUUACGCAUGCCACAGAACUCAGUCUGUUCUCUAAGCAGUUCUUAUAUUUUUGUUUCAGGGCGGGGAAGAGGAGGAUCUCCCUUCAGUGCCUCACGUAAAGGAAAUAUUCAGGAAUACAAAGGGACAAAGAUCUCAUUUGAUGAAUAGGUGGCUGAUACAUUUGGCCAAUUUUACCAUAUACCAUAAUGUGUAAAAAGUUAGAGGCUAUGAUUUAGAGUCUUUCUUCGCGCAUUCCAUCUCUGUGUUAGAAACUUCAUUAAUCCAUUAGAGGCACAAUACUUAUCAGCAGCGUGUGAAUUUCUUAGUGAAUCAAAGAAAAUGUUCUAUAUUUCGCUAAAACAUAUUAACAACACCUGGCACAAACCUAAAGACAGAUAGAAUGCGUAGUAAUUAUUUAUAUCAGUGAGAACUUAAUAAUUA